UGGCAGCGUCCUGUCAGGCAGUAUGAGUGUGUCACAUAUUCAGUACAGGACAGCGAUGUUUCUUUUUAUCGUGGAGUAAAGUCUCGGGGCUUUGGGGAUGGCUGUGUUGUGUGGGCAGGUAGUGUUCGGCAGGGCCGUGCUGGCGUCGUGUGAGGCGGGUUACCGGAGGGUGUCCAGGUGCAUGUCUGCUGUCACUACCAAGAACACAGAGUCCUGGUAUAAGACCAAGCUAGACGUAAAGGACCAACGAAGAAAGCCGCGUUUUGCAACGAAAGAAGUCAGCAUUCUGCGGGAUCCGGGAGUCGUUUCGCUUCACAAUCUGACCGGAGACAAACUUUGUGAACUCCUGACGGAAAAUGUUGUCUACGCGGAUGGUCCCGUCGUAGCCAUCAACAAACCUCAAGGCUUGCCUAUUACAGGGAGUCCGGAGGGGGUCUCUGUGUCUUCACUACUCCCUCACCUGCAGCAUCAUUUGGGAAUCGGCUCUGAACUGCACAUUGUGAAAGCUGCAUCAAAGGAAAGUUCUGGUCUGGUUCUCCUUUCCACCUGUCAUACAACUACACAGCAAUUCGAAGAUUUCUAUGCCAAGUGUCGCAAAGCACAGACACCAGUGACAACUUACUGCGCAGUGACUGUCGGGGUCCCUAACCCUCUGGAAGGAGAAGUGAAGGUAGCACUAAAGGUGGAACAAAUUGGAGAUCAAAGGCUGGUUGUUCCUGUUAUCCAUCCAACGCAAGGAGAGUUGGAGAGAAGAGAGGUGAAGAGAACAGAGACCCGGUAUAAGGUUCUAGACUCCGCAGACGGCUGUUCUCUGGUACAGCUGCAGCCCAUGUCAGUUUUCCAGUCUCAGCUUCUGGUUCACAUGACGAGGUUGCUUUGCCCUGUGCUGGGAGAUCACACAUACUCCUCGCGAGUCGGGAGGGUAUUGGGGCAGUAUAUAUAUGUGCCUUUGGAGAAUGCUGUCCCCCGGACGCAGCUGCUAGAAGAGAAGAUUUUGCGUAGGAUGCACUUUACUCAGCAACAGAUGCACCGCAUGCCUCUUCACCUCCAUCUACAUCAGCUCCUGAUACCAGACAAGCCUGAUGGGAAGGGAUCUCGACUCAUCACGGCUCCCCCUCCACCUUUCUACCUAAGGACGCUCCAGCUCUUGGGACUAACCAUGGAAGAGAAGCCGGUCCGCAACAAUGAUAUUUUGUGUUUUCCAAUAGCAGGCAAAAAGCCGAUUGCCUAAAGUCGGUUACCUGGGACAAUAAUGUAAUGUCUAAAGGCAACAGAACGCAUACUGUCACGGGGGUCUCCUACGGAUAUUCAGCUGGAUGUAAAUAUGCUUUUUGGGACACUGGAAUCUGACUUCUUACUUAUUCCUAAUUUAAAAACAUAGGAAUACAUAAAAAAACACUAGUAAUUGAUGGCUU